ACCGAGCGAUCGGAAUGGCGGACAUGGGCAGCCUCGAGAAGAUGGGACGGGAGCUCAAGUGUCCGAUCUGUCUGAGCCUGCUCAAAUCCGCGGUAUCCGUCAGCUGCAAUCACAUUUUCUGCAACGAUUGCCUCAUGGAGUCGAUGAAAUCCUCCUCCAGCUGCCCCGUGUGCAAGGUCCCGUUCCGCCGAAGAGAAAUAAGGCCAUCACCACACAUGGACAAUUUGGUCGGCAUUUUGAAAAGCAUGGAGGCUGCAACAGGAACUAAUGUGGUCUCAACACAGGUGACUUCUGCGGUGGAAGUUGCAGAUGGAUUGAAACCUGCUGACAGCAGGAAAGGGCCCAAAAGGUCUAAAAAAUCAGCGGUGCAAAAGAAGAAGAUAACAUCCAAGAAGGAAGCAAACACAACGAAACCUGCUGUGGCUUCUGCAUCUCGUCCUACUAAAAAGUCCUCUUUCUCUACAAACAAGAGAAUACAUGUGACGCCGUUCCCUGAAUCUGAGACACCAGUGAGGCCUCGGAAGAUCAUGAAGCCUGAAGAGCCAACGAAUAAUUUGAAUCAAGAUGCUCAAGGCAAAGAUAAAGCAUUGGCUUCUGAUAAAUCUGAAGGCAUUUCAUUGUCACCGUUUUUUUGGCUGAGGGAAAGAGAGGAUGAAGUAAUUGGCACUGUUGAAACGUUAAGUGAACCUCUAUCGCUGGCCACACCCUUGCGCCACAAUGCACCUUGUUAUAGUGAUAUUAAAGAUUCUGAAGAUGAAACACCUCUUAAUACGACUCCAAAUAGCAAAGUUGGGGUUCCACAAAUUUUUGAUAGCGAAAUCUUCGAAUGGACCCAGAGACCUUGCUCUCCGGAGCUGUGUUCUACUCCAUCGAAAAAGCAGGGUAAAUGUAAGGAUAUACUAGAUCACAUAUCAGAAACACAUGAUGAGGAAGAUAUACAGCUUAGUUGUUCAUUUGAAAGGUUAGAUCACGCAAGUAAUGCAGCUCAGCUUGUCCAUGCUAAGGAAAUUAAGCAGAAGAGAAAGAAGACACAAGGUAGGAACAGCAAGAAGACAAAGUUGCCCGAUCAUCUGAAGGUCAGCAUAAAAGAAGCUGAUCCCAAUCAACAAGAUUCAAAUAGUACUAAACAUCUUGCUGCAAAGUCAUGUGAGAAAAACAGUACCACAGAGAAUAAUACUUCAAGUAGAAGAAGCAAGGCUUUUAACAACAUCAAUCUAUUUCCUUGCUCUAAUUAUAACUCUUCAGAGACAUUUCUCCCUCAAGAUGGUCUGGAGACUGAAGCACAUGAUGAACAACUUUCAGAAAGAUACCAGAGAAAGGGAAAAAAUAGUCAGCAGAAGAAAAGUGCAAGGAAGCUGGGAACAACAGGGAUGAGUACAGUUGAGACUACAGAAACUAACUAUGAGCCAAGUAGUAAGCGAGUUAGAAAAAUGCCCAAUGGUGCCAAUGCUGAAAAGAUAAGAGUUAUUAAUGGUUCUAGAAACGAAACUGAAGCACCAGUACUCCAUGGUUUCAUGAGAAGUUGCACCCAACACAAACUUUUAGAUGGUAAAAGUAAAAAGAGCAAGUCCAUUGGAGAAAUGAACAGUCAGAUCGGAACUAGCAUGAAAUCAAACAUUGGUGGAAGUACAUCAAGCAUUUUACGUGGUAGAUGCCAAAGUAAUGAGGCAAUACAUGUAGCUCCUUCAGUAAUGGAUGUAUCUGCUAAGAACAAUUGUGCAGAAGGCAUUCAACAAAUAGAUUGUUCAGUGAUUACUAACUUUGGAAAGCUCCAAGCCUGCCCUGUGCGCAAUACUUUCCUGAAGAAAUGUAACGGUGCUGUCUCUAAGGUUUGCUGUGCUUUCUGCCAGUCUGUUGAUAUCACUGAGGUGUCUGGUGAGAUGGUUCACUACCAUAAUGGAAAACAAGUUCCCACAGAGCUUAGUGGAGGGGCUAAUGUCAUACAUUCUCACAAGAACUGCACGGAGUGGGCUCCAGAUGUUUACUUUGAAGAUGACUCCGUGUUUAACCUUAUGGCUGAGUUAACUAGAAGUAAAAGGAUCAAAUGUGCUUGCUGUGGAGUUAAAGGUGCAGCGCUUGGAUGCUUUGACAAGAGUUGUCGGAAAAGCUUCCACUUCACAUGUGCUAAAUUGAUCCCAGAAUGUAGAUGGGAUAAUGAAAACUUUGUGAUGCUAUGCCCUUUGCAUCAGUCCUCCAAGUUGCCUAAUGAAAUUUCUGAGCCACAAAAGCAAUCCAAAAGGAUAAUAGCACCAAAAUGUCCAUCUCAGGUAAAAUCUAGUCAAGAUUGCAAAAAUAACUGGAAAUGGCCAUCUGGUUCAACACAGAAGUGGGUUCUCUGCUGUUCAGCUCUUUCUGCUGCCGAGAAGGGAGUUGUAUCUGAAUUCGCAAAAUUAGCCGGCCUGCCUAUUUCCACAAGCUGGAGUCCUAGUGUUACCCAUGUUAUUGCAUCAACUGACCUCUCUGGUGCUUGCAAGCGCACACUAAAAUUUCUGAUGGCAAUCUUGAACGGCAAAUGGAUCGUCUCCAUCGAUUGGGUUAAGGCCUGCAUGGAUCACAUGGAACCUGUUGAUGAGACGAAAUUUGAAGUCGCUACUGAUGUUCAUGGGGUUACAGGAGGUCCCAGAUUAGGAAGACACAGAGUAAUCAAGAAGCAACCAAAGCUGUUCGAUGGCAUGCGGUUUUACCUCCAUGGAGACUACACAAAGUCCUACAGAGGCUUCCUGCAAGACCUCGUCAUUGCAGCCGGUGGCACUGUUCUGCAUCGGAAGCCUGUCUCAAGAGACCAGCAGAAGUUGCUUGAUGACAGCUCCCCUGUCAUUGUUGUGUACAGCCUCGAGAAUCAGGAGAAGGUGAAGUUUGAUGCUGACCAGCACCGCAGGCAGGCCGAUGAUGCCCAGGCGCUGGCCUGCGCCUCCGGUGGCAAAGCUGCGACAAGUGCUUGGAUAAUCGACUCCGUGGCAGCUUGCAACCUGCAGCCUCUGUGA